GUGACGGCGGCACAGAGCGAGAGAGAGAGAAAAGGCACCGGGAGAGUCUCCAUCCCCGCAGAGCCGAUGAAACACCGGUCACCUUCGGAGCAGCAUCACGGGAAAAAACCCCGUGUUCCCGCUGCGGCCGCUUCCGCCUCACCACAAGACGGAAUGGAGGACAAAGCACCGUCGAAUCCGCGGGAACUCACCCAGAACCCCCUGAAGAAGAUCUGGAUGCCGUGUAAAAAUGGCCUGCCCGAAAAACACAUUUCCCAGAGAAAGGUAUGUAUGACCAACUGUCCCACUCUGAUUGUGACUGUGGGCCUUCCUGCCAGAGGAAAGACCUAUAUCUCCAAGAAGCUGACCCGCUAUCUCAACUGGAUCGGAGUGCCCACCAGAGAGUUCAAUGUUGGACAGUACAGGAGAGAGUUUGUGAAGAUCUACAAGUCCUUUGAAUUCUUCCGUCCGGACAACGAGGAGGGGUUAAAGAUCAGAAGGCAGUGUGCUUCAGCAGCUCUGAAUGAUGUACGACAAUACCUCACAGAGGAAGGAGGCCAAGUUGCGGUGUUCGAUGCCACAAACACUACCAGAGAAAGAAGGGAAACUAUCAUCCAGUUUGCAGAGCAGAAUGGCUUCAAGGUGUUCUUUGUGGAGUCUGUGUGUGAAGACCCAGAUGUCAUACAGGAGAACAUAGUGCAAGUGAAGCUGGGCAGCCCCGACUACACGAACUGCAACACAGAAGAAGCAGUGGAAGAUUUCAUGAAGAGGAUCAAGUGUUAUGAAAACUCCUAUGAGACGCUGGAUGAGGUUCUGGACAGGGAUCUUUCCUACAUUAAAAUCAUGGAUGUGGGUCAGCGGUACUUGGUCAAUAGGGUGUUGGACCACAUCCAGAGCAGGAUAGUCUAUUACCUUAUGAACAUCCACAUCACGCCGCGCUCGAUCUACCUGUGCCGCCACGGAGAGAGUGAGCUCAAUGUCAAGGGUCGAAUUGGGGGAGACUCGGGCCUCACACCAAGGGGAAAAGAGUUUGCCAAGAAGCUGAGUCAGUUCAUCCAGGCACAGAGCAUUAGUGACCUGAAGGUUUGGACCAGUCAGAUGAAGAGGACCAUCCAGACCGCCGAGGCUCUCAGCGUGCCUUACGAACAGUGGAAGGUCCUGAACGAGAUUGAUGCUGGGGUGUGUGAAGAGAUGAUGUAUGAAGAGAUCCAGGACCACUACCCUCUAGAGUUUGCCUUAAGAGACCAGGACAAAUAUCGCUAUCGGUACCCGAAAGGAGAGUCCUAUGAAGACCUGGUGCAGCGGUUGGAGCCGGUCAUCAUGGAGCUGGAAAGGCAGGAGAACGUGCUGGUCAUCUGCCACCAGGCUGUCAUGCGCUGCCUCUUGGCCUACUUUCUGGAUAAGACUGCAGAGGAGCUGCCAUAUCUGAAGUGCCCACUGCACACUGUGCUGAAGCUAACACCGGUGGCCUACGGCUGUAAAGUGGAGUCCAUCAGCCUAAAUGUGGAUGCAGUCAACACACACAGAGAAAGACCCGAGAAUGUGAAUAUCCACCGUACGACUGAAGACGCCCUGCAGACCGUCCCUCCUCACCUCUGAUGGCUCUGUAGGAGCCAGUGAUGCUGAAGUUGGACCUCUUCCUCUCUCCUCCUCUUGUGACGGACCUUUCCUGUCUGCUCUCGCUGGUGACCAUCGGGGUGAUGUGCCUCCUCCUCCUCCUCUGCUGCCACACAAACACACCUCUUGUCUUAUCUAAGGGAUUUUAAAGGGGCUCAACCAGAACACAUGACAGUCUGGGCAUCUGUUUUUGGUACUGAUCAUAGCUGGUCCACGUUAUUUAUUAAUCUUUCUUGCACAGAGGGGUGCACACUUUGCACACGGCAGACUCCUGUAUUACUAUAUCCAGUGUGGUGUUAGUACUGUAGAAUUGACACUGAAGGUGUAUGUUUAGAAGUACUGAUCACGUGACUUCAUCAAAUAAUGUGAUUUUCUGCUACAGGUGCGACAUGUUGCUGUAUUGUGCAAUCAUUGUUUCAUGUGAAGGUGUCUUCAGUGAGAACGUGCAAUUUGUGGGUUACAAACCUACUCAGAAAACAAAGCGUACUGUUUUAAGUGUGAGCUGGUUCAACGAACACGUGAACGGACUGGGUCACUAUUAUUAGGUUUUCUAUGGUGUACAAAGAGUCACUGAAAUUUUAUACGACUGGGUAAUAAUAAUGAAUUUCUGUAGCUAUGUGGUGCACAGUACAUCUACUGUUUUUUCUAAAUGGAAAGAAAUAUUUAAAUGAUGAUUCUACACACAUCUUUGAUUAAAUUAAAUCUACUUAAAGCUUUUUGUUAAGAACAUAUCUGAGCAUGGAAAUGCAAAAAAAAAAAAAACACGCAACAUUUGCUCAGUUGUUGUUGUUGAUGUGGGUCAUGGCUUCAAAAUGUACAGCCCAGCAGCUCCUCUAUAAUAAACACGGUAUUUUUCUAAAGCAA